ACCUGCUAGACACGCUCACUCUCUUCGCCCCGGUGCAUUUCUGCUCAAAGGUAUCAUGUGGGGAUACGAAGAAGAAGAAGAAGAAGAAACGCUCCCGUUCCGUCCGCAGCUUCCUUCUGAUCUGUGUGGAAAUGAGGAGGUUGGUGAGCCAUUCAAAGAAGAGAAGGCCGUUGCUAAAUAUCUCCGUUUCAAUUGUCCAACCAAAUCCACCAACAUGAUGGGUCACAGAGUUGACUAUUUCAUUGCUUCGAAAGCUGUGGACUGCCUUUUGGAUUCUAAGUGGGCAAAAGCCAAGAAAGGAGAAGAGGCCCUGUUUACAACUCGAGAGUCUGUCGUUGACUAUUGUAACAGGCUUCUAAAGAAACAGUUUUUUCAUCGGGCACUAAAAGUGAUGAAAAUGAAGCCAGACAAGGACAUAAAGAAAGAAAAAGAGAAAGAAAAAGGGAAGGCUGAAAGCGGGAAAGAAGAUGAAAAAAAGAGCAAAAAGGAGAGUGGAAAAGAAGAAAAAUCGAAGAAGGAAAAAGAGAAGGAAAAGAAAAAGGAUGGAGAGAAAGAAGAAGGCAAGAAGGACGAGACCCCUGGCACCCCUAAGAAGAAGGAAACGAAGAGAAAAUUUAAACUAGAACCUCACGAAGACCAAGUUUUCCUGGAUGGAAAUGAGGUAUAUGUGUGGAUCUAUGACCCCGUUCAUUUCAAAACAUUUGCCAUGGGACUUAUACUUGUGAUUGCUGUUAUAGCUGCAACUCUCUUCCCACUCUGGCCUGCGGAGAUGCGAGUAGGUGUUUAUUAUCUCAGUGUUGGCGCAGGCUGUUUUGUGGCUAGCAUUCUCCUACUGGCUGUUGCCCGCUGUAUCCUGUUCCUUAUCAUCUGGCUGAUGACGGGCGGAAGGCAUCACUUCUGGUUCUUGCCGAAUCUGACAGCGGACGUCGGCUUCAUUGACUCUUUCAGGCCCCUGUACACACAUGAAUACAAAGGACCAAAGGCCGACUCAAAGAAAGAAGAGAAGUCCGAGUCCAAAAAGCAGCCAAAGUCUGACAGCGACGAGAAAUCGGAUACGGAGAAAAAGGAAGACGAGGAUGGUAAAGCAGAUCCGCUAGCAAGCUUUGGGUCGGAAGGCCCCGGGGGAGAGCGACAUUCAGACACAGACAGUGACAGGCGGGAGGACGACCGAUCCCAGCACAGUAGCGGUAAUGGGAAUGAUUUUGAAAUGAUCACAAAAGAGGAACUGGACCAGCAGACGGACGAAGGGGAUUGUGAAGAAGACGAUGAUGAUGAGGAGGAGGAGGAGGAGGAGGAAGGAGAAACUGGGCCUUUACACGGACAAUCAUAAUUUAACUGUAGCAUGGACUGAAUAUUGUGCAAGCAGUCGGGUUUUCUAUGUUGGCUGGUACACCAUCUGAUAGCAUUCUUUCCUCUCUUUUAUUUGCUGACGUACGCAGCUUAGCCAAACAGUUUUAGACUCUAGUUCUUUGUUUGUUUUACAGAUGAAAGAGAACCCCUUAACCUGGCAUAGUUUUAAGUAACAUACAUUUAUAAAAGCUAUAAGUUUCCAAUUUGUCAAUGAGUAGAUGUUCUAAUCUCUCUAGGUGAGGCAUCAAACGUAUGAAGGAACAUAAUAAUAGUUGGGAAGAUGGCGUUAAUGCUUUCUGGAACGAAAGACUCCCCCCCCCCCCAGAGCAGUAAUUUAAGAGGGUAGUUGUUGAAUGACCAAAUUUCAUAUUAUUUCUGGCAGGUCAAUUGAUUGAUACAUUCAGCAAAGCACUUUUCAUCUCAUUCUAGUGAUAUUAACCUUCAUAAAACUGGUAAGACUUUUCUUAGAACUAUUUUUUUGGUUUUUUGUCUUUUCUGAAGACAUAACAAGUUAGCAGUGACUUGGCUGUAGGGUUUGAAGCUUCCUUUAAAAAAAAAAA